AUGGAUCAAAAAAACGGAAUGCAUCAAAACGUUAAAGCUUUAUUAUACUUUGCCGUUAUGUCGGUUUUCCUAAGAGCAUCGCUGGCUGGACCCACAAACAUUAACUUGAAUUCACAACAUAAUAUAAAUUACGAAACACUUGUUGGCGAACAAUUAACUACCACAUCAAAAUCAUCUUUCAUACCAAGUCUUGAACUGGCCGAAAUCGGUGUAGAAUUUGAUCGAGUCGCUGGACUUGUAUCGAUGGAUAAUAGCGUCUUUG